UCUAGUUUCUGGGUAGGGUUUAAGCUUAAAUUUCCGGUUCUCGGUUAACAAUCCUUUUCUCAUGUUGCUCUACUUCGAGCUUCACAAUCACAGUUCACAGGUCAGAUUCAGAACACCACAAAGUGAUAUCAGUGUAUAUACUAAUGUAAAUUUCCCUCCCAAAAGUAAGGGAUGUAGGCAGUGCAUAAUCGAAAAUCAGAAUUCAAAAUUUGAAAUUUCAAACUAAAGAUCUACACUUCACUAAGAAUUUGCCACAAGUAUUUGAGAUAUCGUAUUGGUAGGAAGCAGAGCCCAGCAAAUCAGAAAAAAGACAAAACGUUAGUUUGAUUCCGACAUUCAGAAGUUGGGAAAUAUGGCGUGGAGGCUUUUGACAGCACGGCCUCUCACUAAAUUUAACUUCAACAACAAUCUCUCCUCAAAUUCUUGGCUUCUCACACCCCUCAUUUUCUUCUCCAAUUCCUUAUUCCCCAAAACAAGCUAUGUUAUAUGCAAGGUAUGUGGCCAGGAAUCUAUUAUUGGUCACCUUUAUUACAUGAAAGCAUCUCCUUUCUUGGGGAACAUAAGCUUUCACUCAAAUUCAUUUCUAAAGUAUAACGACAAGGUUGUAGAGCAACAACAUCAGGAUUCUGAAAAGGCCCCAUGUGCUAGUGGAGAUGGCAAUGCCAAAGUAAAGAGGAAAAAACUAAAGGGGAAAAGAGCAGUUGUAAGAUGGCUGAAGUUUUUUAGAUUUAAGAAGAAGAAAGAGUAUGAAAGGAUGACAGCUGAAGGAAAAAUUUUAUAUAAAUUGUUAAAGGCUCGAAGAAAAGAAGAGAGACUUUGUGAAGCUCUGAAAAAGAUUGAGCCUGGAGAAUCUUCAGAAGCAACCCAUGAUCCUGAGAUAUUGACCCCAGAAGAGCACUUCUUCUUCUUAAAAAUGGGUCUCAAAAGUAAAAAUUAUGUGCCAGUUGGAAGACGAGGAAUUUACCAAGGUGUAAUUCUGAACAUGCAUCUGCAUUGGAAAAAACAUCAGACUUUGAAAGUGGUUGUGAAGACUUUUUCAGCAGAGGAGGUUAAGGAGAUUGCUGCUGAGCUGGCAAGAUUGACCGGAGGUAUAGUGCUUGACAUUCAUGAAGAAAAUACAAUAAUAAUGUAUAGAGGGAAAAACUACUAUCAACCACCAACAGAGAUUAUGUCUCCACGAGUCUCUCUCUCAAGAAAGAAGGCAUUGGAUAAAUCCAAAUAUAGGGAUGCCCUCCGAGCUGUGAGGAGAUACAUUCCAAGACUUGAGCAAGAGCUUGAAAUUCUUCGAGCACAACAAUUUAAAAGCACGGCUGAAAAUAAUACAGAUGCUGUUAAGGCAAUCCAAAACAUUGACAAAGCGAGUAUUGAGUCUGGUAUUAUUUCAAAUUUCCAGCUAGAGAAUUCUGAUAAAUACCGUGAGAUAAUGAAUGAUAACAUUGAGGGCUCAGAGGUCGAGACAGAUAUGGACUCCGAAUUGGAUUCUGAUUCUGAUAAGUUAUCAGAUUUAUUUGAGACUGAUUCAGAUACAGAGAAUUUCUCUGAGGAGAAACCUCUUUAUUUUGACGAGUUUGAUAAUUUUCCAGAGCAAAGCGAUGGAGAAACAAUUGAUUUUGAGGAGCAUCUGCGACAAAUGUCUCUGAACUCAAAAACCAUGGAAAAAGACGUCGACUUACCUAAGCUGGACGAAGUUGACAAGAUUUUCCUGCAGGCUACAUCCUUUUUAAAGAAAAAGAUAAAAUGAAAAAUUCGCAAGGGACAAGUGUAAUCAUUUUAUUGGAUAUAAACCUAUAAAAUGUAGAUUGGGAGAAAUCACAAUGUACAACAAUGAAGAAGUGGCAUAGCAUUGUGUUCGACUCAUUUUUAAUACAUUUCAUCUCUUAAUGACAACCACAUCUUUCUGAUUUCA